ACUUAAAACACGUGUUGCCGGUACACAGAACACGACUCUUCAGCAGAUCUCUCUCGCGCUCUCUCUCAAGAAAUCAAAAGGAAGAAAAGCGAAAUCUCUGCAGACAUAUGACGAUUUGGGUUUUAUUAGCUCAGCUGAUUUUCUCAUUCUCUGCUCUGUUUCUCUCAAUUUUAUCACUUUCCAUAUUCAAAGCGAGAAGCAACAGAAAAAGAGCCGUUGCUUUCUUCCACCCCUACACCAACGAUGGCGGCGGUGGGGAGCGGGUGCUAUGGUGCGCCGUCAGCGCCAUCCAGCAAGAGAAUCCCGAUCUCGACUGCGUUGUCUACACCGGCGAUGACGCCUCUCCGCAGAGCCUCGCCGCCCGGGCGCUCGAUCGGUUCGGUGUAAAGCUCCUCUGCCCACCUCAGGUGGUGCGCCUGUAUAAAAGGAAGUGGAUUGAGGAAGCCACUUAUCCACGUUUCACAAUGGUUGGACAAAGCUUUGGCUCAGUUUAUCUCUCAUGGGAGGCUCUAUGCAAAUUCACUCCCUUAUAUUAUUUUGACAGCAGUGGCUAUGCUUUUACAUAUCCAAUGGCACGGAUGUUUGGGUGCAAAGUUUUUUGCUAUACACACUAUCCGACCAUCAGCUUAGAUAUGCUCUCCCGUGUUCGCCAACGCAGUUCGAUGUAUAACAACGACGUGCUAAUUGCAGGCAGCAUUUGGCUGUCCCGAUUCAAGAUCAUCUAUUACAUGUUCUUUGGUUGGAUGUAUGGGAAGGUAGGCUCCUGUGCGCACCUUGCAAUGGUGAACUCUUCAUGGACAAGGUCUCAUAUUGAGAAGUUAUGGAAAAUCCCCGAACGUACUAAGAGAGUUUAUCCUCCUUGUGAUACCUCCGCCCUUCAGGCGCUUCCAUUGGAAAGACCAACCAAAAUCCCUACGAUCAUAUCCGUCGCUCAAUUUCGUCCUGAAAAGGCUCAUGCUCUUCAACUUGAGGCAUUCUCCCUUGCUGUUCAGAGACUAGAUCAGGACUCGCCAAGACCAAAGCUCCAAUUCGUGGGCAGUUGCCGGAAUAAGCAGGAUGAAGAGAGAUUGCAAAAACUGAAAGAUAAAUCUGUCGAAUUGAAUAUGGAAAAGGACGUUGAGUUCUAUAAGAAUGUGCUUUACAGGGACUUGAUACAGCUACUGGGAGGUGCUGUUGCCGGAAUCCAUUCCAUGAUGGACGAACAUUUCGGCAUAAGUGUCGUCGAGUACAUGGCAGCUGGUGCGAUUCCAAUUGCUCAUAAUUCGGCGGGCCCAAAAAUGGAUAUCGUUCAAGAAGAAGACGGACUGCCGACGGGAUUCCUUGCUUGCAAUGUGGAAGAGUAUGCGGAUGCUAUUCUUAGAAUUUUGAGGAUGCCGGAGACGGAUAGGCUUAAGAUGGCUGCAGCUGCAAGAAAACGGGCAUGCAGCUUCUCAGAGCAAAGAUUUUAUGAAGAUUUUAAGGCAGCGAUCCACCCGAUUCUGUCUGCAGGUUGUGUUUCUAACUGAAAAACAGCAGAAAGUAUUAGGGAGUUUUGAGAAUAGAUGUGAUUUAGGUGAAAAUAAUAUUUGUGGUAGGUCGUUGUGGACCGUCCAUCAUGGUCCACCUUGGGAUGACUUUUCAUGGCAAUCCCACAUCUUUCAUAUAUAGAUCUCACCCUCUUUAAGGUUAA